CGUGAAACCACUUCGGUGUUACUUGCUAUACCGCAGCCAAGAAAGGUGUGCUGAUUCACAGCAGCAAUCUGCAUCGCACGGUACAGCCUCAUUCAGGUUAGUACCGCCCCACAGCCCACACCCUGAUAGGGACGCACAAGAAGGAAGAGCUACACCCCCCCCCAAUCGACUGGUCCUAGUGUCUCUGUCACCCAUUCGGCGGCAGGUGACAUACAUUCCGCCUUCGGAAUGGCGAUCGCAAUUUUGGACACCUUUUUUUUUCGUGUUGGCAGGAUGCACUUGCGCAGUCGCAAUGCUGUUCUGCGCCAAACGCAGCAUGUAGCCAUGCCUGCUGUUCAUAGGAAGCGAGGAGCGUCAGGUACAUCGAAAAGCAUCAAGAUGGAAGUCAAGACCGAGGCAAUGGAGUCCCUGAAUCCAAAGGCAGAAGAGAAUAGUGGCUUCAAGGAGGAACAGCUUGGGGUCGUGGUCGUCCCUGCCAUGAAACUGGAAGUGGUUGAGACGGGUAGCUUCGUCAAGGACGAGGAACCAACAGUUGGAAUCAAGACUGACGAUGAAGCCAAUUCACGAAAGAUGGUGAAGAAGAGCAAACAUGCGCAUGCCCCUGUGAAUUGGAAGGCCAUGUGGGAUGGCAUCGCUGGCAUGCGGGCAGAAAAAUCCGCCGCCGUGGACGCCCAAGGAUGCGAAACAUUCAACGACAUGACGCUGGACCCGCCCGUGCGGCGCUUCCACGUACUCGUCGCGUGUAUGCUGAGCAGUCAAACGAAGGACCCCGUGACGGCCGCCGCCAUGGGUCGCCUUCGAGCCCACGGUACAUACUGCCGCGCUUUCUUGCUCCAUGAGAAUGCAACUCACACGAACCUCAGGGCUGACGGUCGAGUCGAUGCUGGCCAUCAAGCAAGCCGACCUCGCCGCGAUGCUUCGACCUGUGGGCUUCUUCAACAACAAAGCCAAGUACAUCCAGCAGACAUGCGCGACUCUCCAAUCGUUGUAUCAGUCGGACAUUCCGUCGACAUACGAAGGCCUUGUAGCGUUGCCUGGCGUCGGCCCCAAGAUGGCGACGUUGACCAUGUCCUGUGCCUGGAACAAGUACGAUUUUUGAGCUGUGCGUGCACACAGUGUCCAAGCUAAUGACGUGGCAGCACCGUAGGGAUUUGCGUCGACAUCCACGUGCAUCGGAUUGCCAACCGCCUGGGGUGGGCAAAGACAUGGGCCAAAGGCGGCAAGAGCCAGGAUCCUGAAAAGACGCGAAAGGUUGCUCGAACACGAACGAAUGAACGACCGAGGUUGAAGUUUCGUAGGAGUUGGAAGACUGGCUGCCUAGGGAGCACUGGCACGAGAUCAACGUGCUGUUGGUCGGGUUCGGACAGCAGCUGUGCACACCUCUACGGCCGAAAUGCGAUUCGUGUGCCAUCAACCAUCUGUGUCCAUCGGCGUUCAAGAAAGCCUCGCCAUGAUGGAUGUAUUUUACGUACUGUAGUACUAUUAAUAGUAUUUUGCAUUUUACCCAGCAAAAUUUGGGCUUGUG